AGUGGUGGGGGUCGAAGUUGUCAAAUAAGAAUGGAAAAUAAUUGCAUUCAAUUUAUUAUUCCAUUAUUUAUUUAUUUCUUUUGAUGUAAACAAUAAAAGUUUUCAUUUAGAAUGGAAGUGUUUUCAGGUAUUUUUUAAGUGAAACUUGAUAUACCUUCCUGUAAUAUAUGUGUAAUAUUAGAAAUACCACUGUUCUUCAUUGUUCUUUUAGUAGUUUUUUCUUUUAGAAAAAUAUUAUGGAAGGUUUAAAUGCAACAGCUAAAAAAGGCCCUGGGCUAUAUGAAUUCCUUGUUGAAGCCGAAUUACAACAUUAUUUUAAUAGCUUUAAAAAUACUUUAAAAAUAACUCAUCCCUCACAGCUAAAAUUUACAACUGAAAGUGAUUUGAUGGAUAUCGGAAUGUCAAAGCCUGAAAUGAGAAGAUUGAGGAAAUAUUACGAGAAACAUUUUCCUCAUAAUUAUUUGUCAAAAUUUAAGAAACUUCUAUCUCAUAGAAAACAAGAAAAUACCGUGAGUGAUGCCAGCUUGCUAUUAAACAGUGAUACACUUACUAUGACAAAAACUCCUAAAGUUUCAAGCAAACAUAUAAUACCAGCAGCCGAUAUAACGAUAAAUAAAGAGCUCGGAAUGGGAGAGUUUGGUGUUGUUCAACAAGGUGUUUGGUGCAACGAAGGUGAAAGAAUUCAAGUAGCAAUAAAGUGCUUGUCUCGAGACAGAAUGCAAAGCAACAUGGUUGAAUUCUUAAAAGAAGCUUCCAUAAUGCAUAAUAUCGAUCAUCCGAAUAUAGUUAGGUUUUUUGGCGUUGUUUUACCUAACAUUGAAGGAAGCCUUAUGCUGGUAACAGAAUUAGCACCUUUAAGGUCUUUGCUAGAGUGCUUGAAAGAGCCCUCUUUGAGAUCAAGCUUCCCGGUACUGACUUUGUGUGAUUUCGCUUAUCAAAUUUGUGAUGGGAUGCAAUAUUUAGAAGCUAAUAGAUUAAUUCAUAGAGAUUUGGCCGCCAGGAAUAUUUUAGUUUUUUCGAAAAACAAAGUCAAAAUCUCCGAUUUUGGACUUAGUCGUGCCUUAGGACAAGGAAAAGACUACUAUCAGACUAAUUUUAACGUCAAUUUAAAAUUACCCAUUGCUUGGUGUGCUCCCGAAUCCAUAAGUUAUUUAAGAUUUACCACUGCCAGUGACGUUUGGGCAUUUGGUGUAACCCUAUGGGAAAUGUUUUCCUACGGCUUUCAACCAUGGGCUGCUCUAACAGGUCAGCAAAUAUUAGAGGCCAUAGACGAACCGAAUUUUCAAAGACUGGAACAGCCUGAUUGUUGUCCGUUGGACCAUUACAAUUUGAUGUUGGAUUGUUGGAGGCACGAGCCUGCUACUAGGCCAAGAUUUGCGGAUAUUGGUCCUAUUCUAGCUGAUAGUAGGCCGGAGCAAGUGCAGGCCAAAGUAACAUCGAGUGAAGGACCACAUAUGUUGAGUUUUAGAGUAGGUGAUGUCAUUACAGUAUUGGAUAAAAAAACGCACAGUCCUCUAUGGAAAGGAGCCACUGCCAGCGGUAAAACCGGUCUGUUCGAUCCGGUCAACGUGGUUGCUUACCUGGGUAGCGAUUUACCCAGUUCGUCCUUCAUGAGAUCGGGCAUGGACUCGAACCGGUCAUCAGCUCGUAGGAAGCUGAGAAGCGAAAUGAUCAGCGCCCCUCAGGGAGACUUGAAGCACACCGGCCACGUGGGGCUCGACGGUGCUUAUUUCGGCGAUUUGAGCUUCUUAGGUGGAUCUAAAGGCAAUUAUGGAAGUGUCCCCACCCAAGUUGUAGCUCCCUAUAGACCUCACAAAGACUUGGAGGCGGCUCCCCUUUUGGAAGGAGAUUGCGUACCCAGUCCGUCCUCAUUAUUAGACCAUCAGUACCACGAAAUCAGUGAUGACGAGUCUAAUAACAGUCCACAAUUAGAUUUAGGUCCUUCCCUUAUGGCAGAGAUGGAGGUGAUGUUUAGCAAUUUCACUACAAACAACAGUCUGGACCAUGAAGGUUCAAAUAGGAGCAACGAGCUUAGAGAAAAACUAAGUUUGAAACCGAAAAAACAGGCUACAGUCAAACCUAUAUCGGCUCACGAUAAGAAAACCUUGGAUUCUGCAAUAGCACUGGCUAAUGAAAUAACAACCAGGUCAUUAUCUGCCCCCGCCCCCACUACCCCGGCUUCCCCUAAUAAAAAGAAGAGUUCGUUCAGCUUCAAGUUUCCUUCUGUUCACGAUCACUCGGACAAACAUCAUCCGGAAAAUAGGAGAAACUUCUCGCAAGAAGCGCUGUCAACUACGGAUUUGCAGUCCAAGAUCACCCAAGAGGAACAGAUGGCCUACCAGGGUUUAGUGGAAAGUCCAACUCCAGAAGCCAGCCAGCUGAUGGUCACAAAUCCAUUAAGAAUGCUAAGAACUGGACAGCCUGUUAUAACGACUCGCACAAGAUCUGCAAGCCUGGCAACUAGUACAUUGCCAUCAAAGUUAAACGGGAUAGCUAGGAGUUCUAUUCCAGAUAAUUUACAUGACAGACCAGGUUCUUUCUCAACACUGCCGAAGAAUAUUAAUACUCACACAGCUCACAGAACGUCAUCGGUGCAUCCUAGACUCCAAAAUGACGCUUCUAAAGAGGAGAAUCCUAUACCUUUACCUCCUAGAGAUAGGAAUAAGACACUUUUGACAGCUAAACCGAGACAUACGAGGAAACAUCCGUUGAUUAUACCGCCUACUAGUGCACAAAGGACGUUGGAUAAGGUUAAUACAGUGUCUCCGUUAAACAAGACGUCUCCAGAUCCUUUUCCCAGCCCUGUUGAGCCUGCCUAUUCCAAUGACGUAAUGCAGAUAGCCGAGAAAAAUCCCGAAUCUGUACAUUUCGAAGAGCAGAUUGAAUCAAACCUAAACGCCUUAGAUGACAUUCAUUCUGAUCAUGACGUAGUCGACGGUGGGGACUUCAAGAAUGAUGGGGAGAAGGUACAUAGUCAUCAUGUAAGUUGCGAAGAUUUGCUGAAAUUUGCCAAUACGAAACCCAGCUCAAGGACCAGAGGAAACGACUCGGACGAAGUUAGGAUUAUGUCAAAAGUUUUGGGAAAAGAAAUACCUACCGAAAAAUGUCUGCAAGCUCUGGACCAUUCGGAUUGGGACGUGAUGAAAGCCAUCAAACUUCUGAAACUUCAAAACGUGGUCAGUGCGGAUCUGACCUCUUGCCAAAACGCUUUGGAGAAUUCCAUGUGGGACGUGACCAAAGCAGCCCAGUGGAUUUUGCAAAUGGACGGAGAAGUAGCCCAAGUGUAAUAUCGAAUAAUUUAUUUAAAAAAAAACUAUAUUAGGGUGAGUCCAUAUGGGCAUAAUUUGUAGAUUUUGAAUAGGUCUAAAUGUUUGAGACGGUAACCACAUGCAUAAGUACUUGGUGCGAUUUUUAUUUUAAAGGCUAUCGUGACACCUUUUUUUCCGUCAGUAACAACAGUAGCACUUUUUAUGAUAAAUUUUCAAUAUGGAUUCAUCCUCGGCCACUAUAAUAAUUAAAUAGGUACUAACAGUGGCGUAGAAAUGAACUGAUUGUAUGUAUUGCUAUACUAGUACGACUAGAAUAUGCCAAUACCUCGAAUAUUUUUUUUUCUAUUUCAUCAAUUACUACUCAGAAAAAAACGACAUAUGAUAUUAAUUUAAUUAUUUUUAAGCCUAUAAUAAUGCUUUUAACUAAAUAUUUAUUUUUAUUUAAAUAUAAGAUAAUACAAAAACAUUUUAGAGCAGUUUCAUAUGAUAUGGCUUUAUCCAAAGAUGUUUUAACAUCGUUUUUUACGAGUAAUUUUUUUAUAAUAGCAUUAAUCAAAUAAGAGAAUAAAUCAACUAAAUAUUUCUGUAUAAUAAUUAAUAAGUGUAAACUAUUGCAUAUCAAUUGGUCAAUUAACGUUUGGCACAAAAAUCAAACAAAUGUUAUAUAUCUUAUGGUAGUAAAAAAUAAAAUAAUUUCAAUAUU